AUGUCCAAUCUCGCUCCGCCCAUCAUGCGCGACGGCUUCGCCUACCAAGGCCAGCUGUUCGCCGACGCCGGCAACCACAACCGACACCCGCGCGCCUCCAAGGCCGAAAUACGAGCGCUAUUGCUCCCCAAGAAGCCGGAAACGGGGCAAAAAGACCAGGUUGGGCAUUGGUACGUCGCCCAACUCAAGCACUAUGGAUUACCCCACACCAAGGACAAGAACGCCGCCAAGCUUCGUCUGCUUAACGCCAUCAACACCGGCACACUCAAGGUACCCGCCGACGUCAAGCAGUUGGAGGCCGAUUUGAAGAAGGAGUACGCUGCUGCCAAUCGCAACGCCAAGGAGGCCGGCUUGAAACCCAAGGAUGCGGCGCCCAACCCCACGUCCACCCCAGCGAGGAAGAAGAAAGGUAAGGCACCCACCGACAAAACAGCUGCUACGCCUGCCACGCCUGCCAGAACAAGAAGGGCCAAGGCAUCGGCUCCCGACAUCACGCCCGUCACCCCAGCGAGAAAGAGGAGGAGAAAUGGUGAAGAUAGUCCCGAGCCAUCGGCAGGCCCCGCACCCUCGGAGAAGACCAAGCCGGCCGAGCCACCUGCGAAGAGGAAGAAGGAACCUGCGAAGAAGACGCCGGCGACGCCCAAUGCCCGCAGUGUAGCAACACCACAGAAGAAUAACACUGUCGCCUCGACCGAAGAGCAGGCCACCAGUGCAUUUGAUGACAAGAAAGGCGUCUACUACCUCACUAUACUCGCCACCACCACCCAAUUGGCGGUGCCAGCCGCGGAUCCCAAGUCCCACAAGAUGCUCCUCUGUCCAGACGGAGACGAGCUGUGGGGCUCAUACUCCUUCGGUCCCUUUUCCGGUGUCAUGCGGAUUGACACAACAUCUCUCAAUGGCAUUUCCGGCUUCACCUGGCGUGGUACGGAUUCCAGUGACCCAUCCCGAGUCAAAUUUGCUACCGGGCUCGGGAAGCUGAACUUUGUUGAUUCAAGGCGGAUUGAUGGGUCCUUCUUCAGUCUCGGCCAACACCGCACCCGUUUCGAAGGAAAACUCCAGGCGGGCGUGCGUCAGUGCCCUCGUGAUGCCUUGAGCUUCCAACAUGAGUGGGACGACUAUACCCACUCCAACAAAUGGUACGGAUCACCUCCUGCUCGGGUUCCCGCUGGUGGGGGGCUUCUCUCGGGGUCUUUCUCCAGGAGCUCCACUCGUGAUGCUUCUCAGUCGAAUGAGCCGCAUCACUCGCCCGUUGACAGUCAUCAAGACACGUCAUCCAUGGAUGAGCAGGACGUCGCAAAAGAGCCAGUCGUGCAAAUGUCUAAUCCAGGACCUUCGUUCGCUAAGGGUGUUGAAGACAAAACACUCAAGGAGAAUGAUAGUAUCAAGGAGACUACCAGCAUCAAGGAGAACGAGAACAUCAAGAAGGAACCGGACUUGCAAUGGCAUGAUGCACAGCCUGCGCCCGUAAACGAACUUGCGAGACAAGGCUCUCACAUCCAGUCUAUGAACAACUUUUACAACAACUCUGUUCGCUCGGGACCUGAAAUUUCGGAUAUUGGCCAGAUCACUGGUGUGUAUGACAUGCAGUGCCCGGCAAUUGAGGACGAUUUCCUCGAAAGCCAGAACAACCUCAAGAUGUACCUCUGUCGCGACGCUAGGUCUUCAAUAACCUGGGGCAGUUUCGCUUGGGGCCCGUUCAAGGGAGUCAUCAAGAUGAACCCUGGUCCGACCGCCUACUCACCCACGACUGUUGCACUCAAAUGGCGUGCUCGUGACGAACAGAACGGUGACGCUCGCUUUGGUGGAGGAUGCCACGGCGAGAUGGAGUUUUCUGAACCAGGCUCAAUUGCGGGCAAGUUACUUGGCCUGUACGGCGGAACUAUGGAGUUUUGGGGCAAGAGGAGGGCUGGCCCGAGGAACUGCGGCUAUGCGUUGCACCAGUUCGAGCAGGAGUGGGAUUCCUAUCCGUCCGAUGCCGAUGGAGAACCAGAAGAAAGUGGGAGUGAGGAUCAGUUGUACGAUCGCCACGGUAAACUCAACCCACGUGGUCGUUAUGUCGACUUGUUGAAGAAGAGCCAGAGCGAGUGA